UGCAGACUAUACACUGACAACGCAGAAAAUGAAAUAUAACGUUCUGAUACCUUUGAUAUGUAUUCUUCUAAACAACGAAUCGGAUGCAAAUCCAAGGGUGUCACAAUGUGUCUUACCUAUAGCAACAGUCAGUCUUUUCGCAGGAAUGCAUGUACCAACGAACUGGUUAUGAUGUGAUGGUUCAAACAUCUCUCGAGCAACAUAUUCCCAGUUAUUUUCCAUCAUUGGCACCAGAGAUGUGCAGCGCUCGUGCGGUCCGUCCGUCUCGCCAUGAGAAGUAUGACUUACAUGAGUGCUGCCGCACCGCUUCCGAAUUUUGCGAGCGGAAUUGGUGCGGAGCGACCGUUCUCGCCUCAUUAACCGGUCGAGUGGCCGCAUGAUCUUAAUUUGACCAUUUUUUGAGGGAAUAUCUUCUGAAGUUGAAACCGACGAACCUAAGACCCGAUUAAUAUCGUACAGUAAUAUUAUUAACCUUUUCCUCUCAAAUGAUAAUGAUAAAUAACGAAGCAUUGACUUCGUACUCAUACUUGAUACAAAUAUCAUUUUAAAAUCCUACGCUGGAUGGAUUUUGAUUCUCAAAAUAUGUUUGUAUUAUAUUAGGCAUUCUAUGACACCAUUUAUACAUUUUUUUAUUACUCCUUUCGUUACACAUACUACAUAGAUAGAUUGUUAACUCCAACUUUUUCUUUUUCCACUAUAAUUUUUCAUUUUGGGGUGCCUUUGCUGUUUUUUUAAUAUUUGUAUAUGAUUUUCUCGGACAAAAAUUAUCAUUUCUAAUAAACAAGAAAUAUGGAAGUCGACAGGGAAAAUUUAUUUCAUAAUUUCUUCUCCCAAAUAUAGCAGUUUGAUUACCAUCUUUUUUUCUGUAUGGUAUUCAUGGUGUGUCCAUCCUUAUCUGAUAAAAUUACAAACAGUAAUCUCCAUCAUUAUCAUUAUUCUAUAAAAGCUAUUAUCUUCUAUGCUACUGUUGCGUUAUUUUUUACUAACUUUUCCUAUCACAUAUAUCUAUUUCUAGACUUAUUGAAUUACAUUGAAACGAGCUUACGGGAUCAAUAGACUACACAGCAUUCAUUAAAAAAAAUAUUGCAAUAAACCUACGAAACAAAUCAUAAUAAACAGCUUUAGUAAGCCCCGAGCGGCCGCUCGGUGGUUAUCGAACGGCCGUUCGACGGAGCGACCGCACUGUACGGCCCUUAGAACGAAGCAUGGUGUGGCCGUUCUGCUCAGCAAAAAGGCUUACUGAGCGCUACGCACCGCCGUCACUAUUUGAAAGUUUAACUCAUAUUUUCCGUCGCCGCUAGUCGAUUUUUAGGGGCGGUGCACAUCUCUGAUUGGCACCUCACACGGUGUCAGAGAUCACGUUAAGACAUUUACUUUGCCUGACUUUCGUGGCCGCUUUUCAUUUGGUAUUAAGAUACUGCUAAAAUCCAGUGUGAAGACUGGCGGAAACUCCAAGCAUCUAUUGACAGAAGAUGAGUUUUCAGAACAUCAAUAUGAUACAGAGGCGUUUCGGUUGGCAAGCGCUGGUGAUCAUACACAUACAUAUGAUGAUCCGGGACAUAAUCACGGUGGUUCAACCAGCGAGGCAUCAUUCGGUUUCGGUGUAUAUUGGGGAAGUUAUCAUGGUGGUGGCGCUAAAGCCUCAGCGCGACAUACUCAUUCUAUUCCGUUUGGGAAAACGAAUAUUAGUAUUAAUUCCAGUGGACAACAUUCAUACACAUUAGGCGGUCUCUCCGGACUACAGGAAAAGGAAGAGAAUUCAGCUUAA